AUGGAAAUCGACCGAGAAAUGGUGCCACCACCGGACGGAAACGGGUCUCGCUCUCCACUUUCGACGUCUCCCACUUCACCGGCAAGUGGGCGGCCGAGGGCCAAAGUUAUCAGGAAUCAAAACGCCUGCGAUGCUUGUCGGGCCCGCAAAGUCAGACGAGAGCCGGUGCCAAGGCUGCACAUUCCUCAACAUACAAUGCACACACGAACGGCCGAGGCGGAGGAGAGGACCACCGAACAAGUUCCGUCCAUACACGCACAGCAACACCACCACCAAGACCAGCAGCAACUUGAACAACAGCAAGCAGUCGUUGCCUCAUCAGCCGCCAGCCAGACGAGUCCAUCGGUAUCAGAUAUCACCUCACCAGACGUUCGCUUUGCCUACCAAACCUCACCCGCCGCCUCCUCCUCGACCCACACCCAAACACCCCAGUCUCACACUUACACGCACACCCACACUCACUCCCACACAUCUGCCGGGGCUCACUCGGCAGCAGACCUCCGCGCCAUCAUCGUCGGCGCGCCGAGUCCCAACAACAGCAACGCGGGAGGGCACCACAGCAACUGGCUCGCCGCCUUCGCCCCCAAUGACCUCGUACACCGGAUACUGCACGACUGGUUCGAAAAGGUCCACGCCCUCGCCCCUGUGCUCCACCGCCGCCGCUUCCUACACCGCGUCAAAUCCGGCGAGGCCAACUCCGACCGCACCUUUUGCGCACUGGUGGUGAGCGUCUGCGCCGCGACGGUGGCGACGCUGCGCAGGGCCGAUUACUACCCCGUGACGGUAGAGCGGUGCCUGGACUUCAUCGAGGAGCACCAUUUGCUCAAUCACGGCCUCAGGAAGCCCGCCUACUCGCUCGACUGGUGCGUCGCAAUGUACAAUAUCGGCACGUCGUCAUGCUCGAUCAACGAGGACGGGAUGGGGGACAUGGGGUCGUUCCACGGUAUGUCUGAGGCGGCGGCGGGGACGAGGUUCCUCGCGUACUACCACAUGGCGGACCUGGAUGUUUCCGAGCAGCAGCUGCUGAAGAGGCUCUUUUGGCUCAUCUUUGCGGCAUAUUGUGCGGACAUAUUCGGGAGGCUGUCCGUAAGUAUCGUCUCCCACCAGGAGAACCGUGCCCAACUGCGCCCCUUACCCCUGACAGACUCUCAACUCGAGACGGGGCCACACCUAUCUCACGCGGAAUCACCGUCGUGGCAUGGCGACACCACCUCGUACGUACCGGGGCUAAACCAGCUAAGCGACCUCUUCCUGGUAUGGCACGAGGCGCAAACCGCCCCCGUGAGUCUCUACGGCGGCCAAGAAGAGGCCCUCAAGCACUGGCUCGUCCAGAUCCAGACAAUCAUUGACAACUUCCCGCCCGAAUUACGCUGGCGCGGGGGCCUCUCCCGCCCAUCUCACAUCACCGAGGGCCACGACACGCAAGUCGUCAACCUCUUCAUCACGAGCCUCAAUAUCCGCUCCAACCUGCUGCAGAGGUUCGGAUCCGUUGUGAAAACGCGCGCGGCCGAGCACCAGCGCAUCGUCGACGACCUGCUCGAGAUCCUGUACCACAUGCCGCAGCACGUCCUGGAGCAGAACGGCAAGAGCCUGAUCCCGAAGCUGCGGGACUGCGGGGCGGCGUACAUGGAGCAGAUUGGCGUGAGCGGUGGCGAUGGCGCUCUGGUCAGCGAGGGCGCCAGGCUCAAACUGGAGAAGCUGCUGAGGAAGCUAGACGAUAUCGAUUGCUGGCCGGGCUUACCUGGGAUUGAGAAUCCGCAGAGUGCUAGGUAA